AUGAGGAUAGCAGAUUCAGGUCAGUUGACGCCAUCUUGUUCUGCGACGAGAACGUGGGAGAAGUAAAGGAAAAAAAACUUUAGACCAAGUUCAUAAUGCCGAAGAACAAAGGAAAGGGAGGAAAAAAUCGACGAAGGGGAAAGAACGAGAAUGAGUCGGAGAAACGAGAACUCGUGUUCAAAGAAGACGGACAAGAAUAUGCUCAAGUCACCAAGAUGUUAGGAAACGGAAGAGUCGAAGCAAUGUGUUUCGACGGCGCCAAGCGACUUUGUCAUAUUCGCGGAAAACUUCGGAAAAAGGUCUGGAUUAACCUUGGUGAUAUUAUUCUGCUGGGACUUCGUGACUACCAGGACAGCAAAGCAGAUGUUAUUUUGCGCUACAAUCCUGAUGAAGCAAGAAGCUUAAAAGUGUACGGCGAGCUCCCAGAGACUGUUAAAGUCAAUGAUAAUGUGACUAGACCUGAAGGAGAUGAAGAAGAGGUUAUAUUUGAUGAAAACGAAGAUGCUGAUGAUGAUGAAGCUGAUAUUGAUGCAAUAUGAAGAGGCAGUGGAGAGGCCCAGAUUAAAGAAAACUAUUUUGCCCUGAUAUCAUUUCUCUUACAAAGAAGCACUGUUUUAAAAAUCACAUUCUAUCUUGUGUUAUAGAUGUGCUAUGUGAUAAGCAACUCUUUGCAUAAAAAGCAUGUUUCUAAGAAAAAAGGUAGACCUUUCAACUUUUUGAUGUCUUUGACAGAAGGACAUUAUGUUAAGUAAGUAACAAAAAUUUCUGUAUUAUCUACAGCUGUAAUGCAUACUUGCAUUAAGCAAGACUCACGGUAGCAUUUAAUGGAAGAUGUCAGCAAUUGCUUAUGACUGUUUACCUAAAUAUUACAAGCAUGAAAAUAUUAGUGUUAAGUCUUAAGCCAGAUGGCAGGUCCAAAUAUAUAAAUGAAGACUCUCUAUAUUAUAUAAAUUUUUGUAGGCUCUUCUGGCCUUAUGAUGUGUAUUUUCUAAGUCUAAUUGCAUGUUCUGCUUAUAUGUGUUUGUUUUUUAUUUUGAAUUUGAAAUCAUUCACAUAAUAUAUCAAACAGGAAAGACUGUGUUUGGGUGCAUUUCAAAAGACCGUGAAGAGAGAUGGAAAUAUGACACACAGCAGACUUUGAAGUUUUUGGAGAUGUGCUCAAACACUGUUGGUGUGUUUGAUAUAUCUACUGACUCAGUCAAAACUAAAACUAAGGAGAGAACUUGAGGGAAAAUCAAAGAGGUAUCCAAGAACUGUCAUGGUCAUGACUUUCUUGUCAAAACUUGAUGAAUUUUUAUUAUAUGGCUUGUGUUUGUGGCCGCCGAUGUAAUGCGCACUCUGAUUGGCCAAUUCUGGAGCAUUAUUCUCCUGUAAGGCCGAUUACCGGUACAGGCCUGCAAAAACAAAGGUAAAAGCCAUGUACCAAACAACUUAUUAACUUCGAACAUUUGCCGGUCUUGAAGGGAAAAUCUCAAACUUCUGCCUUGCUGUAUUGACCUUGCUAUGGUCAAUACGUAUGGCAAGGUCUUCGUUUAAGAUUUAUCCUGAAGACCUCACUCUAGUAGUUAUUAAUGAGUUGGUUUACCACAGCCAAAAUCUACAGUCGAAGCAAGAUCAAAGUCCAUAAUUUUUGGUAUUGUUAUUUGCUUGCCAAAGUGUUAAUGAAACAAUACAUGUAACUGUAGAGGGACCUUAAAACAAGGCUUUCCUUUGUCUAGUGAACACCUAAAUUGAACAGUUGCAUUGUACUUCAGGAGUGAAACAUUACUGCAUGCCAAACUUCAAACGAUUUGAUGAGAAAUCAUGGAACUUUUGACUCCCAUUUAGAGCAUGUCUUUUUGUGACAUGCUCAUUCUUGGAUGUAACUGACAAAUUAGAAAUACUCAAUUUGUACCACUUAUCAUUAAAAGGCUAUAUUCUUUCUAAGUCUUGUAGUUUCAUCAACUGUGACAUAGUUUACCUGCUUUAAAAAUAGAUAUCAAUAAAAGAAAAUGUUUGCACAAUCAG